UUUUAAAGUUCCAAAUUUGUCCAUUAGAUAAUCUCUCUUUCUUUCUCUCAUUAUUUAAAACAAAACCCAAAAGCAAAGAAAAAGAAAAAAGAACAGAAAUUGACUCUCUCUGUCUCUCAUUUUCUUCGUUUUCAAAACCUAGUAGUACCAUACUACGAGUAGCUACACAUGAGUGACCAUCAUCAGUACGGCUUACCGGAUCUCCGGCAACUGAUGGCCGGAAGAACCCAUCUUCAACCCAGCCCACAACCCACAGCAGAGUCAAUAACCUUUUUCCAGAGUAGAAACAAUAAUCUCGCUCCACAAAUAGCACAUCACCACCAUAUUUAUCACCAUGAUUAUGGUACGGCGGCAGCAGCUAAUGAAGUAAUGUUCCCUAGUGGUUUGGUCAAGCUCGGUCAUGACCGUUAUUGCACCAAUGUUACUAGUAUUAACCCUACUACUGCUGCUACUGCUGCUGCUACUACUUCUGCAGCUGCUAGUAAUGCGACUGCUAGCUUUGUUUCUGGUACUGGUGCUACUUUUUUUGGUCUUGAUAUGGAGAGUGGUUGGAUUGGUAAUGAUGCAGGGAAUAAUAGUAGAUGGCCAAGGCAAGAAACUCUUACUCUUCUUGAGAUCAGAUCUAGGCUUGAUUCCAGGUUUAGAGAAGCUAAUCAAAAGGGUCCCCUUUGGGAUGAGGUUUCUAGAAUCAUGGCUGACGAACAUGGUUACCAAAGAAGUGGCAAGAAAUGUAGGGAAAAAUUUGAGAACUUGUACAAAUACUACAAGAAAACAAAGGACGGUAAAGCUGGAAGACAAGAUGGGAAACAUUACAGAUUCUUUCGACAACUUGAAGCUCUUUAUGGAGAAACAAGCAAUCAAAUAGCUUCAGCUUCAGAAACCACUCAUUUGACAAAUACCAACACUACUUUUCUUUAUCAACCACCAAGCAACAAUAUUAAUCAAGAAAAUCAAGAAUCCUUUCAAGAAACCAACAACAAGCAUAGUGAGCAAAGCCUAAGCUUCUCCAACACAUCUGAAUUUGAGACUUCCUCUUCAGAGAACAAUGAUGAGGACUUAUCUGCUAUUGCUUAUAUGAUGAAGCGAUCCAUGGAGAAACAGAAAGGGUUAAGUACUGAGAGCCAAAGUUAUACUUGUACAAAGGCUAAAAAGAACUGGAAAGGAAAGGUUAAAAAUUUUGUGGACAUUCAAAUGAAGAAGUUGCUGGAAAGUCAAGAGGCUUGGAUGGAGAGAAUGAUAAAGACGAUUGAAGAUAGAGAACAAGAAAGAAUGUUUAGAGAGGAAGAGUGGACAAAGCAAGAGUCAGCUCGGUUAGAUAGGAUACAUGAAUUCUGGGCUAAAGAAAGAGCAUGGAUGGAAGCAAGAGAUGUUGCUUUAAUGGAGAUUUUAAGGAAAUGCACAGGGAAAGGACUAGACCUAUCAUCAUCGAUUGAGAAAAUUGCUAUAGCAACUCAAAAUCAUUACAAUAACCAAGAUCGAAAUGCUAAAAAGAUUGGAAUUGAUCAUGAAGUACUCAAAGCUAGUAGAUGGAGUGAGCCAGAGAUUUUUAGCUUAAUACAGAUCAGAACAACAAUGGAAUCAAGAUUUCAAGAAAGUAGUAAUAGUGGGUAUUCAAAAGAAAAUCUAUGGGAAGAGAUAGCAGGAAAAAUGGCUAAUUUGGGGUAUGAUAGAGGUGUGGAUGAGUGUAAAGAGAAAUGGAAGAACAUGAACGUCUUCUUUAACAUGGCAACAGAGGGCGAGGGUUUCAAGAAGAGGAAAGAAGAUUUGACAACCAGCAAUUAUUUUCAACAACUUGAUCCUUACAAUGGCCAGGAAAUAGCUAGACUUGAGGGCAUGAACUCAUCAUCAUCACCUACUUCAAACUCAUAUAUGGGUAGCGAUCAAAUGCAUGGGAGCUGCUUUCAAGUUCCAGCAAAUGGAGGAGGAGAGCAGUUGUGGAACAAGUAUGGCUUGAAGCCGAGAAAGGAGAAGAAUCAGCAACUUUAGCACAAGUUAAAACACAAGAAAGGGAAGUUUCAUCAACAGUUGUCUCUUCCAAAUAAUUAGAUGUGUAGAUUUAACUUGUUAAGAAGGUAAUAGAUUAUAAUCAUUAUUAUUAUUAUUUUUUAUUGUUAUUGCAAUGUGUGACCACUGGGGACAUAAUUAAAUGGUUUUUGUUUAUUCGUGUAAGUAUAUAUAAUCAAGAACUACUACUGACUUGGGGAAUGUUCAUUAUGGAAUUUGCAUUUCAUGGAAAUCAUAAUCAAAAUUUGGGUA